UGCCUUCUGCUCAGCGUGCUGCACGCAGUUGUCUCAGCAAACACCGUCACAUUUGUAAUUUGGGGUUCAAAAAAUUCCAUAUAACAUUUGGACGUGUGUUUAGCUGAUAGAAACCGAAACGUCCUUGCUUUUUGCGGAUUAAUUAGAUAUAAAUAUUCUUUCAGAGACACGAACCGAUAUGUUCACUCAUAAGAACUAAUUCCGGUUCACUGGGAAGCUUUGAACUGCUUUCUGGAAAGUGACCAUUGUUGUAAUCAGGUCGAGGCUGUUAUCAUUUCCACUUGCUGACUUUCUUUGUGUUUUUUACGGAUUUGCAGCAGAAAAACAGCGCAAGCUUUUUAGAGUGUCAUGAAAGAAAUGUCAAGCACCAUGCCUAGUGGGCAGCAGCCUCAGAAACAUUAUGGCAUCACCUCUGCGAUUAGCCUCGCGCCCCCACGAGAAAUAGACCACCACUACACCAAGAAGCUCUGCGAUGCAAUGAAACCUUUUGGAGUGUUUGAAGAUGAAGAAGAACUCAACCAUAGACUUGCAGUUCUUGGGAAGCUGAAUAACUUUGUUAAAGAAUGGAUUGCAGAGAUCAGUGAGUUAAAGAACCUUCCACCAUCAGCUAUUAGCUGUGUUGGGGGCAAGAUAUUUACAUUUGGUUCAUACCGACUUGGAGUGCACACAAAAGGAGCUGAUAUUGAUGCCUUAUGUGUGGCUCCACGGCAUGUAGAAAGAACAGACUUUUUCCAGUCUUUCUUUGAGAAAUUGAAACAGCAUGAAGAGAUUAAAGAUCUCAGGGCUGUUGAGGAUGCUUUUGUACCAGUGAUAAAAUUCAAAUUUGAUGGAAUUGAGAUUGACCUGCUUUUUGCCAGAUUGGCCUUACAAUCCAUUCCAGACAACCUGGACCUGAGGGGAGACUCCAUCUUGAGAAACUUGGACAUUCGAUGUAUCCGCAGCCUUAAUGGUUGUCGAGUAACUGAUGAAAUUUUGUACCUGGUGCCAAACAAAGAGAACUUCAGACUGACACUGAGAGCCAUCAAACUCUGGGCAAAACGUCGAGGAAUCUACUCCAACAUGCUGGGCUUUCUGGGUGGAGUGUCAUGGGCUAUGUUGGUAGCCAGGACCUGCCAGCUCUACCCCAACGCUGUGGCUGCCACACUUGUCCACAAGUUCUUCUUGGUUUUCUCUAAAUGGGAGUGGCCGAAUCCAGUGCUUUUGAAACAGCCUGAGGAUAGUAAUUUAAAUUUGCCUGUGUGGGACCCGAGAGUGAGUAUUACACCAGUGUUUUACCUUCUUAUGGUAUUGUUAUGCCCUCUGUUUUGCACAUGUAUUGCUGUAACCCUGACCAUAACUUGUCUAACUUUAUUUCUUUUCUUUUGUGGCAGACAUUACAUUGUUCUCACUGCCAGUGCAUCCACAGAAGAAAACCACUUGGAAUGGAUCGGCCUGGUGGAGUCAAAGAUCCGUGUUCUGGUGGGAAACCUGGAGAGGAACGAGUACAUUACCCUGGCUCAUGUAAACCCCCAGUCAUUCCCGGGAUCUAAAGAGAACCGGAACGAGAACGAUUUUGUGUCAAUGUGGUUUAUUGGGAUCAUCUUUAAGAAGGUGGAGAAUGCAGAGAGUGUGAACAUAGACUUGACGUAUGACAUCCAGUCUUUCACAGACACUGUGUACAGACAAGCCAACAACAUCAACAUGCUGAAGGAUGGGAUGAAGAUUGAAGCAACACAUGUGAAGAAGAAGCAGCUCCAUCAGUACCUGCCUCCUGAAGUGGUGCAGAAGAAAAAGAGAAGCAUAGCAGAGUUGAACCGUAGUUCUAAUGGUGGCAGCUCUAAGCGGCUCUCCCUCGACAGCAGUCACCUGGACAGCUCCAGAGACACAGACUCAGGGACUCCCUUUAACUCCCCGCCCAGCAAACCCUCCAAGCCUGCAUCUGACACAGACGACAGCGUCAGUCCUCCUAAGCAGCUUUUUGUGGAGGGUUCUCCAGCACCUGUUGCAGCUGCUCCUCCUGCUGCUGCUCCUCCUGCUGCUGUUGCUGCUCCUCUUCCUGCUCCUGUUGCUGCUGCAGCUAAAGACCAGGGAAUGUCCAUCCCUGUUAUUGGUUCAAAACCUCCUCUUAAAGCAAAGCCUCCUUCCCCACCAGCCAGCAGCUCCAUCACCAGCAGCGCAAAGCCUACCGCCACCAGCAGCCCCAAAGAGGAGCCCAACGGCCUGGAGGACUCAGUCAACGGUGCUCCUUCCAAGAGACCGCACUCGCCCACACAAGAGGACCCGGCCAAGAGGCCAAAAAACACAGACGUGGUGUCAAAUGAUGACGCUACCUUCAAAGAACCAUAUCCACCCUCGUCUGACCCCCAAACACACGGGGAAGCAUCCAGCAUUACUUCUCUUGCUGGAUCAAAGGCAAAGCCCAUUCCAACCAUCGAUACCUCAAGAACACAAAGACUUCCCAGCAUGGAGCUGCCUGAUGCCUCCUCGCCUCUCCCUGCCAGUAACAGCUGUCGUGUUGUGAAAAAUUCCAUUAAACUGGCCCUCAACCGCCACAAUAUCACACCUCCCAAGCCGCCCGUGUUUGAGGACACCCUCACCACAGACGCUCCUGCUGCCAGCGAGGAAAAGGGCAUGUCCAUUCCUGUGAUUGGCUCAAAACAUGUGACAUCCAAACAUGUGGUGCCUCCCAUCGGCAGCUCCAUCCCCACGCUAGUGAGUCGAGUAGUCGACCCUCUGAACGGAGCAGCCUCCAAGAGACCCCACUCCCCAUCGUCGGAGGAACAGGCCAAAAGGCUGAAAGAAACAGAAAAGGCCAGAAUCCAUAUAGCUUGAACUGCCAACAAAGACUGGAUUCACACAGAUAACCGAGGUGAGGGGCUUUAAGUCAAGUCAAACACCGAGGACGUGACUUCACACAGGGACAGGCGGCAGCGUUCAGGUCAGUCAGUCUGAAGCGUGAAGCAGCACAGACACCUCACCUCAGACUUCAAGAUUACAGUCUUGCCAGUGGAUAGGGGAUUCGGCCAUUGCUGUCACACACUCACAGCCAGAGGGGAGUUUAACCCCCCUCCCGCAGUCUCGGAGAUAUGACACGAGAACUAAAGCAGCAGGUUUUUGUUUUUUCUUUUCUUUUUUUCUUCUUAACUCUGUGUUUAGAAAUCUACACAUUACGAGAGGAAAACAUGCUGUUCUUCUAUUUCGUCUCCUUUUUCCAGUUUAAAAAAAAAAAAGAAAAAAGAAAAAAAAAAAGGCCCUGAUCAUUUAUCAGCACUUGCUACACACAUUUCUGGUGUAUGCUGAUUUUCUUUUACUCCUUCGUUUUCUUUUGUCCUCAACAGAAACCUGUACAGUAAAUGUUGAUGUACAUAACUUUUUUUUGUCUUAAAAAGGAGCAAAAGAUCACCGUUAAAACUUUUGACCAUUCUAUUGUAGUUUUAUCUAAAAAUGGGAAAAAAAAGUAUAUAAAAAAAAAUGUAAUUUUUCUUUGUUUUCUCUACUGCUUGUCCAAAAACAAACUGUCCAGUGCCCUGGAUAUCUUCAGUAGAUACUGCAUAGGUUGCAGGGAGGGUUUAGUGAGGGUGUGCUUGGAUGUGACUGGAUACUAAAACCACAGCUCACUGGACCAGCAUGGACUCCAGGUGUAGGCGCGCAAAUGAUCUUGGGCAACACAAGAGCUUCUCAGGGGCUGGUAAGGGCAAGAAAACGUUGUCAUGACAACAGGAACGGUCACCAGAACCAUAUCAAAGUGCCACAGACGCUUAUAGUUCUAUUUGUCUGAGCUUCAGUGUCGCACCCGUCCGUCUCUGAUUGGACAAGAAGGCUGACUUUUUCUGCUCACGUUCGUUCGAUCCCUAGAUGUCAGAAAAGUGUCCCGACACAAAAAAA